AUGGAAUCCAAAAACCAGGAAACGGCUCAGAAUACGACAGUGGAAGAGCAGAAACCUUCAGAGACCAAAAAGAAGACGGUGAUUCCUGUAGGUAUCGGAGCGGCUGGAAAAGUGUGGAGACAGAAAAGGGAGAUAUCGUUCCAUCAGUUUGCAAACAAUAGUCCGUUCCAAGUCAAGACGUCCUGGGAGAAGAAACAAGAAAGACGCAAGAAGCUAGAGAGAACGAAGGAAUUGCAAAAAAGCAUGCGAACGUCCAGAAUUGAAGAGAAACGCGAGCUAAUUAGAAGACAGGAAGAAAACAAAAUGCGUCGUCAGCAGAAUGAGAUCAAGAACGCUCAAAUUCAAGUGAUAAAGAAUGUGGGAAAACUGAAGAAGAUGAGCAAGAAGCAGCUCAAGCAGAUAAAGAAGACUCGCAUCGAUAAGAAUGGAAAUGUAGAGUACGUAGACGCGUAUGCGAAGUAAUUGUUGUCGUUUUAUAUAA